AUUUCAUUGAGUAGCCCGUUCAUGUAAAAUCUAAGCCUGAAUCAAAUUCCGUUACAUCAGCGAUAGUUGUGAACAAUUUUUUUUUAUUUUGGACUAUAUUGUUUUAUACGGCUGCAAGCAUGCUCAAAGUACCUCAGAGGAACAAGCUGCCGUCACUGACGCCGCGUCCGAUCAAAAUCGAACGGCCGACACCCAGAAAAAAGCUGAACUUCAUUAAGCCGGCGUACGUAAUGCCAAAGAAACCAACCAGAUCGGAGGAAAUCGCCAAUAUGACUGCCGAAUUGAAUGAGCGCUUGAUUACACUGCAAGCCCGCGUCGCUGAGUGGAAGGCCCUCAGAGAGAAUAAGAAUGAAUAGAGCUUGUUGAUAUAUAUAUAUAUAUUGUUUUUAGCC